AUGGAAAAGUUUCUAGGACGUUUCCAACUGCGCGUUGUAUUCGCACAUUUUCUGGAUAAGCAGCAGAAUACGCUCCAGCGAGAUGAUGAUCAGCACGCCCACGCAUGUUUUCAACUGCGCAUCUCGGAUCCGCGCUCUGAGGCACUUGGACGCACUACAGCUACUCGGUGA